AUGGCACUUUCACCUUCAAUUUCCCAGUCACCGUCAGCCACUGCGUCAUCUUCGAGUGCAGCAACUAAAUUGCGGGCUGUUUCUACCCGAAAAUCAGUCAAUGAAGAGGGAGGUGCACCUACAUUACAAUCAGAUAUUGACCGUGAACUCACAGAGCUCUUAAAUGAAGACAUUCAGCACAAGUAUGUCAAGGACAAGAAGCUUGGUGAGGGUACCUAUGCCGUGGUAUAUCUUGGGCAUCUUCGCAACGACCCCUCGUCAUUUGUGGCGAUCAAGAAAAUCAAAGUCAAUACUGAGUACAAGGACGGUCUUCCUAUGGAUGCCAUUCGCGAAGUGAAAUAUCUACAAGAGUUAUCGCAUCCUAAUAUAAUAGCUCUGCACGAUGUAUUCUCGUCUAAAGACCAGAAUCUCAAUCUGGUUUUGGAAUAUUUACCACGUGGCGAUCUGGAGAUGCUCAUUAAGGAUGAAAAUAUCCACUACGGUGUUGCAGAUGUCAAGGCUUGGAUGGGAAUGCUUGCUAGAGGUGUUUGGUUCUGCCACGAAAACUUUGUGCUACAUCGAGACAUCAAACCCAACAACCUCCUCAUUGCCAGUGAUGGUGAGGUCAAGCUGGCCGAUUUCGGCUUGGCUAGAUCAUUUGCAGAUCCUUAUUUAAAUAUGACACAUCAGGUCAUAACUCGUUGGUAUCGCCCGCCCGAACUGCUUUAUGGUGCCCGGCAGUACUCUGGGGCCGUUGAUGUAUGGUCCAUGGGGAUGGUAUUUGCUGAACUCCUCCUGAGAGUCCCGUUUGUUGCCGGAAAUUCGGACAUUGAUCAAAUCUCGAAAAUAUGUGAAGCAUUCGGCACGCCUUCCGAAGAGAAUUGGCCGGGAGUCAGUACGUUGCCCAACUAUAUCCCCUUGGAUAGGCAAAGCACUGUUCCACUACAGGGUCGUGAUUUCUUCUUACGGCAAUUCCCCACGGCAGGUCCAGUGGGUGCAGAUCUACUUAUGUCGAUGUGCACGUUGGACCCAAGGAAGCGGAGCACGGCUUACCAAAUUCUACAGCACGGCUGGUGGUCGACCGAGCCAAGGCCGACGGCUAAGGAGGAUCUUCCUCGUAAAUCGGGUGGGAGUAAGAAAAUGGGUGACGAUCUCUCAAGACGCGGUGGCGAGGUGGACGACGGUCCAUUCAAGAAUGCCGCUCGACAGCUAGAUUUCAUGGCAGUCAGGCGUUAA